GGAGCGAUGUAUAAAACCAGGGCCCAGGGCUGAGCACCUGCCCGCGCCCCUACUGUGCCAUCGGAAGGGCUUCGCACCGCCUGCUGCCCACCUAGUUCACUCAGGUCCCGAAGUCGACGCCCCCACCCCCACGGUGAGUCCGAUCCUCAGACCAGCUCUAGCCACUUCCAUCCCGGGGACGUUUUGAAUCCAAAGGGCAAAGGCUGAAGGUCGCAGUCUCUGUGUCAGCCUAGACCCCCGUGUUUGUUUUCCGCUGCCCAGAUGUCCAAAGCAGCUCCCGCCAAAAAGCCGGCGGCUACGGCCCCGCCUCCAGGAUGUAGCCUGGACAUCAACGACCCCCAGGUCCAGAAAGCGGCCAUUCGUAUCCAGGCCUCUUACCGGGGCCACAGGUCCCGGAAGGAGCUGCGGGAGACCGGGCCGCCGCGCGUGCUGGAACCGCUGAAGGACGUGGUGCUGAUCGAGGGCAGCGCGGCCAAGCUGACUUGCCGCAUUUCGGCUUUCCCGGACCCAUUCAUCCGCUGGAGCAAGGACGGCAAGGAGCUGCGCGACGGGCCCAAGUAUCGCUACAUCUUCGAGGACCCUGACGUAGUCGCAUUGGUGGUGCGCGAUGGCGAGCUGGCGGACCUCGGCCAGUACAGCAUCAACGUAACCAACCCCUUUGGCCAGUGCUCCGACUCGGCGCGCAUCCUCGUGGAAGUCCCGGCGAAAAUUCAAAAGGGACCGGACAACACCAAGGCGCGCAAAGGCACCACCGUGACGCUGACUGCGGCGAUCAUGGGCGAGCCUGCGCCCAACGUGGGCUGGACCAAGGACGGCAAGGACAUCGAGGAGGAUGACAGGGUUUACUUCGAGAUCGGCAGCACCAACACAACGCUGACCAUCCGCCGGGCCACCCCCCAGGACAGCGGCAAGUACGAGGUGUACGUGGAGAACAGCCUGGGCAUGGACCAGAGCUUCGCUCGCGUGGACGUGGCCUGAAAGGGACCCUCGGAACUUUCGCUCUGUCUCCACGCCUUGGGGUGGGUGGGACUAACAACCCCCUUCUUCUUGCUUAAUAAAGCUGCUUUCUCGGA